GCACGGGGAGGACUGGGGCUCACAGAUUGGCCGGAAGUUGUGCGGGGCGGAGCUCACGGCUGCUCCGCGCUCGCUCCGGGAGAGUUGACAAAGCCCCGCAGGGAAGGACGCCUCGCGGCGCGGCGCCCCGGGCCCCUCGCCCUGCCGCCCCUCGCCCCGGCCCGCUCCUAGCCCCAUCGUUUAAACGCGUGGACAGCGCGCCCCGCGCCCCAGCCCGGCCCCAGCCUCCAGCGCCCAGGUAGCGCCGCCCCGCCCAGGCCGGGCCCGGGGGCGCGGGGGGCGGGAUGCGGCGCCCGGGGCAGCGAUGACCGCGGCGCGCUACCCGCGGGCCCGGCCCUGACCCUGCUGCCUGCGGCGCACCCGCACGCCGACCCCUGUCGAGGUUCGACUGGCGAGAUGACGGGGAGCCCGGCGCUGCUGCUGCUGCUGCUACUGCCGCCGUUGCUACUGGGGGCCCUCCCGUCGGCUAAGGCGGCGCGAGGACCCCCAAGAAUGGCAGACAAGGUGGUCCCACGGCAGGUGGCCCGCCUGGGCCGCACUGUUCGGCUGCAGUGCCCAGUGGAGGGGGACCCACCACCCUUGACCAUGUGGACCAAAGAUGGCCGCACAAUCCACAGUGGCUGGAGUCGCUUCCGUGUGCUGCCCCAAGGGCUGAAGGUGAAGGAGGUGGAGGCCGAGGAUGCGGGUGUUUAUGUGUGCAAGGCCACCAACGGCUUUGGCAGUCUCAGCGUCAACUACACUCUCAUCAUUAUGGAUGAUGUCAGUCCAAGGAAGGAGAGCCCUGGGCCAGGUGGCUCUUCUGGGGGCCAGGAGGAUCCAGCCAGCCAUCAGUGGGCACGGCCUCGCUUCACGCAGCCCUCCAAGAUGAGGCGCCGAGUGAUUGCAAGGCCUGUAGGUAGCUCUGUGCGGCUCAAGUGUGUGGCCAGUGGGCACCCACGGCCAGACAUCAUGUGGAUGAAGGAUGACCAGACCUUGACACGCCCAGAGGCCAGUGAACACAGGAAGAAGAAGUGGACGCUGAGCUUGAAGAACCUGAGGCCUGAAGACAGUGGCAAGUACACGUGCCGUGUAUCCAACCGGGCAGGUGCCAUCAAUGCCACCUACAAAGUGGAUGUAAUCCAGCGGACCCGCUCCAAACCUGUGCUCACAGGGACGCACCCUGUGAACACGACAGUGGACUUUGGUGGGACAACAUCUUUCCAGUGCAAAGUUCGCAGUGAUGUGAAGCCUGUGAUCCAGUGGCUGAAGCGGGUGGAGUACGGCUCCGAGGGCCGCCACAACUCCACUAUUGAUGUCGGUGGCCAGAAGUUUGUGGUGUUGCCCACUGGUGACGUGUGGUCACGGCCUGAUGGCUCCUACCUCAACAAACUGCUCAUCUCUCGGGCCCGCCAGGAUGAUGCUGGCAUGUACAUCUGCCUGGGUGCGAACACCAUGGGCUACAGCUUCCGUAGCGCCUUCCUCACUGUGUUACCAGACCCCAAACCUCCAGGGCCUCCUGUGGCUCCUUCAUCCUCAACCACAAGCCUUCCUUGGCCUGUGGUGAUCGGUAUCCCGGCUGGUGCUGUUUUUAUCCUGGGUACUGUGCUGCUCUGGCUUUGCCAGGCCAAGAAGAAGCCAUGUGCUCCUGCAUCUACGCUCCCUCUGCCUGGUCAUCGUCCCCCAGGGACGUCCCGAGACCGCAGUGGGGACAAAGACUUGUCCUCCUUAGCUGUGGGCCUGUGUGAGGAACAUGGAUCCACCGUGGCUCCCCAGCACAUCCUGGCCUCUGGCUCAACUGCCGGCCCCAAGCUGUACUCCAAGCUGUACACAGAUGUGCACACACAUACGCACACACACACAGUACACACACUCUCUCAUGUGGAGGGCAGGGUUCACCAGCACCAGCAUGUCCACUAUCAGUGCUAAAUGCAGCAAAUCUCCAAGCAUUGUGCCCUGAGGUAGGCAUAUGGGGGCCAAGGCAACAGGUUGGGAGGAUUGAAAGCAAUGGAGGAAGAGUAUCCUAGGACCCUGUAUUUGGCACUCAUGAAUUUGGCCAAAUAGAUGUAUGUACUGCCAAAUGAACGUAUACGCAGACAGCCAAACCCACAAACAGAAUUUACAAAUGCAAAUGUGUGUUCGUUCGCACGCACGACCUGAGAAGCCUUCAGGAGGAUUUGUCGUGUGACUUUGCAGUGUCAUGUAGCGAUGGCUAGUUGAAGGAAUCUCCUCAAGUCUUAGUGGUCACGGCCACUCCCCCACCCCUGCCCACCUGUGUCCCUGCCUGGCCAUAUAUGCUGGGUGUCCAGGAGUCUACCAGCCACCUGGAUUUGGUGAGCAGUGCGACUGUGCCUGGAGGUUUGAGCCACCCUCCCCUUGCUAGAGAGAAGGGUCUCAAUAUUUAUAUUUAAGAAGUAAAAUAAUAUUAAUAAUGAUGUAAGGAGGGCUGGGACACAGGAACUCUGGCCUACCCUGGGGCCCAGGACCUGCCUGACCUUGUGGUUACAUUGGGUAUCCUCACGUCCAUGGCUACCUGGCCUCUGUAAUUUUAUAUAGAGUUUGGGCUGAAGCCUCGUAUAUUUAAUUUAUUUUGUUAAACAAGAAAGUGCCUCCUUUUUCUCAUUCUGGUGUUUUUACCUGGGGUUGGUCUAUGUGUUUUGCCAGCAAUCAUGUACAUAUGCUCACUUUGGUGUCUACUUACAUAUCUUCACUGGUGUGCACGUGCACAAACGUGUUAGCUUGCAUGUAUUCACAUGCUGAUGCUGUGUUUGUGUGUCUUCCCUGUAGGGAAGCUCC